UGGCAAGCUCUUGAGUGAGCCGAGGUGAAAGACGGAGGUGAAAGACGGAGGAGAAAGCCCUGGUCUUUUUGGCUUUUUCGAUGGCGGUUAUGUACCCUCGUCCCGGCCUAUAUCGUUGGCGGCGUCUCGCUCAGCCUCCUUCAAGAGAGAAGACAAAAUUCAACGCUGACAGUGUGGAGCACUGGAUUAAGCAGGUGGAACAAGCCUCUGAAUUUGCUGUCUCUGAAGCCUUUUCCUUAAAAAAGAAACCUUAUUCUCAAAGCCUUCAUGGCUUGGUGCUGGAUUUGGAGAGAGAAGAGCACUUGCAAGAACAUGACGAGGCAUAUGCAGAAGCUCAAGAGCUGCUGAGCGAUUGGAUGAAUUCAAAACUGAAACUGGAGCUGUCAUCUGAUCAAGAAGAUGUUGAGUAUCCAGCUGCUGUUUCUUCUUGUCCUCAGGAGCCCCCUCCUGGCUUUCAGAAGUAUGACAAAUUUGACGAUUUGUAUUGCUAUUUGGAACAAGAAAUAGAAAAUACUACAGUGCAAGACUUUUUGCAGCAUCUACUGCAAAGUGAAGUAGUGGACAGUGGGAUAUUGGAAGGCCUUAGAACUGAAGAUUCCAAGGAGAAGAGGAAGUCCAGGGACCCCCGAAUUACCAUGGAGCUAAGGCAUAAACAGGUAAAAGAAAAUCGCCUGAGGCACCAGAAGGCACUAGAGCUGGCAAAACAAGAGAAGGCCCUGAAAAAAGCUGCUAUGUCAGAAGCUCAGAAGCAAGUGCAAGAGGAGAAGAAGAAAAAGCUCCUGAAAGCCAGGAAGGAAGAAGAGGCAAUCCAAAAGCAGAUGGUAAAACUGCGGAAGGAGAUGGUCGAAAAAAGACUCCUCAUGCAGCAAGCAUGGGAAAUGGAAAGAAAAAGACACAAAUUUAAAAAAAUCCAAGGGCCAUUAGAAGCUGGCCUGCCUCUUGCCUUGCCUGCCCUGUCAGACGAUGAGAAAGAAAGGAGAAGGAAGGAGAAAGAAAGCAGGCUGCAGAAACUGCUGAGCAAACUAGACACUGCAAAUCACAAGUGCUUGCAAAGAUAUUUCUCUGCCUGGUAUAAGCUUAUUCUGGAUCUCAGGAUCAAGCUGGGGAAAGCCCGAGCCCUCGCAGACUGGAAGUGCCAACUGAAGGCUUUGCGAGCCUGGAGAGAUUACACUUGGUCCCAGAAGAUGGAGCAGGAGACUCAGAUAAUGGAGAGUCAGCUGCGGACUCAAAACAGGAACAACCAGUUGGCAACAGAGUUUAAUCGGAAAUGCAUUUUGCACCAUUAUUUUGCUGAAUGGCAGUGUUGGAGUCGAAUGGAAAUUGAAAAGAGAGAGCUGCAGUUGAAAAAGGAGGAAACAAAGAGGAAAAUGGCAAAAUUCCUGGAGGAAGUGGCCCAGGGGAAAAAUUCUACCAAUCGCUCAUGGAAUGCUGGAGAGACAGAAGAAGCUCAGGAUCAAUCUCAGAGACAUAGAGAAGUGGCUGAAAUACUCCUUUUAGUGAAGAAGCCCACCACCGAAAAUAUGGAGAGAGUAAAUUCCUGUUCUCCUGAGAUGGGCCAGAACUGUAAUAUUCCUCCACCAAAACCCAAAUGGGCAUGGCAGGUCAACCAGAAGCAUGCUGCUUUGAAUGCCCGGGACCAGGCCACAUUCAACGGCCUAACGAGAAGUUCCACACGGCCUGUCAGUUCUCCAAGUCCCAAAGUGGUGCAUAACUGGUUGAGGCCCUUUGAGCACCGCUACGCCUGCCAGAAGCAGCUGAUUGAAGACCAGCAACGGCAACUUCAAGAGCAGCAAGAACUGAUACUUGAACUUCAGGGAAAUCAGAGUCUAAAGAAGACUCAGGAGGAAGUUGGGCAAGCCACAGCUGUGGCCAGGGCACUUGGCAAUCCUGCUCCAAAAAUGAGAGAAGGAAAACAGUUGAGAGAAAAUCAGUCUGAUUACAAAACUACCGAAGCUUUAAGGGCAGAAAAUAACCAACCAGCUGCUAAAAACCGGAAGAAUCUGAAGGUGUCAUCCUCUGCUCAUCCUUUAGUCAAAGCUAUGGAAGAGAGAGCAAUUGAAAGAGCAGAACGGAGGAAGAAAUUGGAGGAAGCAAAGAAGAAACAUGAAGAGGAAAGACUGGCCCAGCUGAAGGCUGAAGAAGAGGAGCGUCAGAGGCAAGAAGCAGCAGAAAAAGAGGCUCAGCUGGAGCAAAGGCGGGAGGAGAAGAGACUACAGAAAAUGAAAGAACUGGAAAAGCAAAAAAGGCUGGAGAAGGACCAGCAGCUCUUACUGGAAGCAAAGGAGCAUUAUGUGAAAGCCCUGCUUAAACACUGGGGGCUGGAGCCCUGGAAAAGGCUGAUGGUGCAAACUCAGCAAAAUAUGAUGGUGGCAGAAAGGCAUUACUGCCUUGAAUUGCAGAGAAAAUGUUUGCUUUCCUGGCUGCAGCAUACGCAAGAAACUCUUGCUAGAAAAACAGCUCAGGCUGAGAAGCUCUAUGUUUGUCUUCUACUGAAAAGGUGCUUGAGCAGCUGGAUAAAGUAUAAGGAUUAUGCAUCUGCUUUGGAAGAACGUGCAAACAAGUUCCAUGAGACAUCUCUGAAGAAGACUGCCCUUGGGACAUGGCUGGACACAUUUAAUAAAGAGAAAUAUGCAUUGUGGGAGAAACAAAAGAUUGCAGACCAAUACAGCGUCAGGAGAGUAACACUGAUUACAUUCAGGGCCUGGCAACAGUUCCCAGUGUUGAUGAAAGAGGAAAGGGAGAAAGAAGAAAGACUACAACAGUUGAGAAAGAGGGUCACUGAAAUUCUUCCAGACUUCCAGACAUGACAAAGUGGGUUCCAAGCCCUCGAGACAGCUCAGGUUGGAUGAGAACGGCGUUCAUGUGCAUCACAUCUUUCCCUGGUUGAGAACAAAUCCAUGGAGCUGUUCUAGGAAAUGCUAGACCUCUGUACCUCUCCUUGUCUCUAUCCACUGCAGCAACAUCUUGGAUUCUCAGGGGAGAGAUCAUAUUGAACAUCCAAGUUACUGUUUUAUUGUCCACGUAUCUGCAACGGUGGCUUACUUCCUAUGCACAAAUGUGAACCUGUUGUCACAACCUUUACACACACACAAAGCUGCAUCAAGCAUCACCUCUGUGAUGUUAUUUCACAAAGCAGGAGUAAGGGGGUGAAUGCGACAGUCCUAUAAAUGGCCAAUCAGAACAGAAGUUGCGCAGUUGGACUUACAUCAUGGAUAGAACUUUCACAUGUACUCCCCUCUGUUGUGAGAUUUUCCCCAUGGGAAGUGGAGCAUGCUUUACGCACACAUAUACAUAUUUUACAUAUGCAUAAAGUACAAGGAAAACUUAUAGCAAGUGAACCGACAUAACAGAAGGCUGAGAAAGGUUGUAUCCUAUUUGUUGUGAUAACUGCAUUCCUCUGACUAUAAGAUCAAGAACUUAAUUGGCUGAAGCUGCAACUUCACUUCUGGUUGCAGGCCUUUUAUUAUCAUUCUCUUUACUUUGGGCUUGACAUGACAUAGUUGGAUCUCAAUAAAUUUCCCCUUUACACA